AUGUUUCGGCACAGGAGGACGUCGCAAAAGCCCAGCGAUGAGCUCUACAAGAGCUUCAAGGACAACUUUCCGCACCUGAACGCGGGAGCGGUCGCAUCAAGCGCGUCGACGCAGGGAGCCACGACGCUCGCGGAGGCGCUUGACAUUAGCGGUCAACAACGGUACGAUUCCACGAUCAAGGCGCAGAGACGCGAUAGGAUUCCUUCGCACUCUUUUCCUUCCGCCAGCGACAACAAUACAGCCCGAUCUGUAGCUGACAAUGCUUGCAGCCCAGUUGAUCACCAUACGCAAGAUCUCAAGGGUACGGAUUCAACACCCAAGGGCUCCCAUGAGCCAUGGACCUUUGGACCCUCUGGCCUCACCCCAUCAAUGAUGGACCCGAACAGUCAGACAUUCAAUAUGUUUGCGAACCAGAUGCCGGGCUACUACACACCAACACCUGGCGGAACGAAUACUCUCUAUCACCCGCAAGCUGGCGACUUACAUACGCCUAGCUUUAGCAUGGGCGUUGGGACACCUCUCUCGCUACCCACCUCGGAAGGCGCUCUGCAUGCUGGCCAUCAAGCGGCCGCUUUCCACGCAUUUCAAAACCAAAUGCCUCAUCAUCUCCAGCAACAGCAACCGCUCUUCCACGAUAUGAACCCAUUCCAGAUGCACCACCAGCCCGCUUUCGCACCACACCAAUUCUCGCAUCAGUCAUCAUUCGAGCAUAUGGAGCGUCCUAUUGGAGAGUCUCCGGUCGAUGACAUGACCAUGGAUGUGCAUAUGCACCAGCAGGAGCACUCUCCACAGAUGCUGUUCCAUUCCCAAAGCCUUCAAAACUCAAUGCACCCGCCGCCCAUGCAUCCAUCGGGAGAGAAGUUCCGGUAUCAUGCCACGCUGAAUGCGCCCACAGCAAUGAUCAAGCACGCCGAUGAGAUCCCGAUCACGUAUCUAAACAAAGGCCAAGCCUAUACUCUCAACGUUGUCGACACACGCGGCAGUCGCCAUGCUGGUCCUGUCCGCUACCGGACAUUUGUGCGCGUAUCAUUCGAAGACGAGCAGCAACGGCAGAAACCGGCGGCCUGCUGGCAACUCUGGAAGGAGGGACGAGGCACCAACGAGGCUCAUCAAAGAGGCGGUCGCCUUCAAGCUGUGGAGUACGUCGAGUCAGGCCAAAUGGGAGGCGCGGAAGAUCCAAGCAAACCCAGAGUCGAGCUGGAAAGUGCAUCUUUCGACGGCUUCUGCGUGGUCUGGAGCCCUCCCGUCGGCUCUAUCGAGUGCCCGAUCUCAGUCCGCUUCAACUUCCUUUCCACCGACUUCAGCCACUCGAAAGGUGUCAAAGGCAUCCCUGUACGACUAUGCGCAAAGACAGAAAUGAUCGGGGAGCCCAUGGGAUCGCAAAUGUCUGGACCUGAAGUGUGCUACGGCAAAGUCAAACUGUUCAGAGACCACGGAGCUGAGAGGAAGUUGUCGAACGACAUCGCGCAUGUUCGCAAAACGAUCGACAAACUGCAGCAACAGAUUGCGCAAAUCGACUCCGGCAUGCGUGACUCCAACAAGCGGAAGCGUGUUGGUUCGAUCUCACGCGUUCCAACUAUGGAUGGCCGACCUGGCAAGAUACCCAAACAUCGGAGGACUUGGUCCAUGUCUUCGGCCGCAUCGAACAAUGGCCGUCCAAGCGCCGAAGAUGAUUUGAAGGUCAAACUUGCGACGCUCCAGGAUAUGUUCACAUCCACUCGACCAGCCAGCGUGCUCUACCUCCGAGGUGAUGACCAGGAUGACCCCGAUCUCUACCCAGUCAGGCUGUCUGGAGAGUCUGUGGAACUGGUCUCUGCCGAGUCAAUCGACACUAGUGGCUGGGAAGGACAGAGCAUCAACUCCCACACCGGCCCACCUUCGCUGGUCUCGCCCUCACCGAGCAUCAAAUCGUUGUCAGCGAGCCGCCGGGACUCGAGUUUGCCCCAACAACUCCAACAGCCCACUCCUUUCGCCAGCGUGUCUCGGGAGAAUUCGAGUGAAUGGCGGAACAAAACACAGACAGCCAUCCCGGACCUCCAAACAUCCCAUACGCAUCCGCAGCAAAUGGGGAGUCCGCAGGACAGUCAGCCGGUCAAGGUUCAGACCCGGUCGCCAAACAGCGGGACGAUGUCAGGCUGGAUUGAAGCUCUCGGCGUCGACCAGACUUACCAGCCACCGCCGGAGCCAGCAAUCAAACCCGUUGCUUGUUUCUACGUUCAGCCCCGAGUUGCCGGCCGAGCACCCGGAGACCACUUCCAUCGCGCGGUCUACAUCUACCGCAGAACGCUGAAGGACUUCGUCAACGCGGUCGCCUCGAAGUGUGAAAUCGAGCCUACUCAAGUGCUACGAACCGUCCGCAUCAGUCGCAACGGCCUGCACAUACUCUUCGAUGAAGAAUGCAUGAAGGAGAUGCCGGAAGGCCAGGACAUGACGGCAGAAUUCACCCAGAUCAACCCAGAUACACCCACGAAGUCCGGACGAGAAUGGGACGCUGCCGACAUCCAGUGCGACGGCGAUGUCCCUACAGUGCACAACGUCAACUCGACCGGCUAUGAACUGAAACUUCUCUUCUAG